AUGUUCUCCAGCGCGUCGUACCCUUCGAAUGUAAAUGGUGGUUCGGCCCAGGAUGCACGCCCACUUUUUCCUCACUCCCACUCUCAUCCCACUCACCAAGGAGGCUUUGGCGUGGCGGGCAUGUCCAACCCUGCCGCCUCGCAUAGUCCUAGUCCUCGGGGGAGCGGGCUGGGCAACAGCAUGAGCAUGAGCGGCUCCUUAGGCAUUGGAUCUUCUCUUGGCGAGGGUCUAUCUCAGCAGAGAACUCAUUAUCAACCAGGCUACCUGAUGUCGGCUACUCAGAACAACGUAGUUCCCCAAGGCAGCCAGCGUCACGAAGAGGCGCCUAUGGUACAAACAAAAGCCAAGUUGAACCAUGUCCUCGCCGGAAGUUCAGCAUCUGAUUUCGGGAUGGACUCUAUGUUUGAGAGCUCAAGGCAAUACUUACUCGCUACCGUCCAAGAAGAAAAUGAAGCUAAUGUCCGGCUUAGGCAAAGACACAGGCAACCUCUCGCUGAUGAGGACGCUCCACCGACCAACUCGGUCAAUGACAUUGUCAAUGAGGUUUAUUCAGAUACGGGCCCAUAUCGCUUUGCACCGCGGAAUUCGACUAUUGAUCACUCUUCCAGUCGUACACCACUCUUCCGCUCCUCUCACCCCGCUACCCCUAAGUCGACUCCGCCUACUCAGCAACCCCUUUAUGUCGUCGUCUUUGGAUACCCACCCGACAAGUACAGCGUUGCCGUCGAGUAUUUCCGCUCGAUCGGCGAGACGACAGAAGCUGAGCAGAACACGGAGAUUUCGAAUUGCUUCCGGCUCGGCUAUUUGAAUCCUGCUGAAGCAAUGCGUGCGGUGCGGAAGAACGGCGACGUGCUCAGUGGGUCUUGGAUGGUCGGCGUAAAGUUUGCGGACCCCAUUCAAGCCGAGAGUAUUCUGGGACCUGCAGCUGUAGGAGGCCUGACACAGUCAGUUGCUCCAAGCCCGGAUGCUAUGUCCACAUCCCCGCCCUCAGGAUUGGGAAUGUUUUCAUCAGUGUCGCACAUGAGCAUCGAUGAGCCUAGGUCACCUCCCACACCAUCGACGCCGACGCCCGUGGUGGGCACUCCUAUCAGGUUAGCGCCAUCUGCGGCAGCAUUCCGCAAACCUGGUAUGAGUGCUGGAGGUGGUCCUCCGCAGAAGACGCAGGCCAGCCAAAGUGUGAACAAUACGCUCCCUUCUGCCUCUCCUGCAUCUCCGAACAAGGGCAUGCUAGAGCAGGUGUCGGAUCUUAUAUUUGGUUGGUAG